AUGACAGGCCUGGUUGGUAAAUCGCGCGUGCGCACUCUGUCAUCCCUCUUUUGGAUCCGCACCUCUUCUGCUAUAAUGGCCAAGCGCACCAAGAAGGUGGGGAUUGUGGGGAAGUACGGCACCCGUUACGGUGCGUCCCUCAGGAAGAUGGUGAAGAAGAUUGAGAUCAGCCAACACGCCAAGUACACCUGCUCCUUCUGUGGCAAGACUAAGAUGAAGAGAAAGGCUGUUGGUAUCUGGCACUGUGGGUCCUGCAUGAAGACUGUUGCUGGAGGAGCCUGGACAUACAACACAACGUCAGCUGUCACAGUGAAGUCUGCCAUCAAGAGACUGAAGGAGCUGAAGGACCAGUAGACUGGGACUUUUGUUUUUGUACAGAUUAAGAUCUCCCUGUCUCAGACAUUGCAUUUCAUGUGGCUCGUUGGAACAUCCCACAAUAAAUUGAAGUCUUGAGCGGG